CCUGCUUCCAGGUGCUGUGACGAGGACAACACGGAAGUGAAUUGUCAGCAGUCCAAAGAGCCGCUGAAAGAAACUAUCGUCCGUCCAGACACGAUGGCAGAGGGAGAUUCUAAAUGUUUUAAUGAGUGUUCCUAUUAUAUUGUCAAAUUCAUGCUGUUCUCCUACGCCUGCUGUUGGUGGCUAAUAGGUGGAUGUAUCCUGGGUAUUGGCAUCUAUGCAGAAGUAGAGCGACAGCAGUACAAGACACUGGAGGGUGUGUUUCUGGCUCCAUCUAUAAUCCUGAUCCUACUGGGAAUCAUCCUAUUUGUUGUUUCAUUCAUUGGAGUCUUGGGUUCCCUGAGGGAUAAUAUAACUCUAUUGAACGUGUUCAUGUACACCCUGGCAGUGUGUCUGCUCCUGGAGCUGGUCGGAGCAAUCUUGGGGCUGGUGUUUCGCAAACAGGCGGAAACGUUAUUGAACAAGAACAUUCGAAAGGGCAUAGUAAACUACUACGAUGACUUGGACUUCAAAAACAUCAUGGACUACGUUCAGAAGAGGUUUAAGUGUUGUGGAGGUGAAGAAUUUCAAGACUGGAAAGUCAACAUGUACCACAACUGUAGUGCGCCUGGUCCGUUAGCCUGCGGUGUCCCAUAUACCUGCUGUGUUACUACUACGGCUAAUGAAGUGCCCAACACUAUGUGUGGGUACAAGGCCCUAGAUGACAAGCAUCAACCACUGCCUGAAAUCUAUAGAAGAGGCUGCACUAAUGCAUUCAUUUACUGGCUGCUGGACAAUUAUAAGAUUAUGGUCAUACUUCUGUUUUUGAUCCUAGUGCCUCAGUUCUUUGGCGUGAUAGUCACCCGGAUAUAUAUCACUCGUGUUGACGACUUGAGUAAUGAGUACGUUCAACCCACCGAAGAAGUUGUACUACGUCAGAAAGGUCGCUUGGACAAAUGGUUCAAAUGUAUGCCAGAAUGGGACUGACAGAAAACGGCAAGUAGCGAAGAGAUCUGAGAUCUGAUGUUCAACUGUGCUUUUUUUUUUUUUCUUUUACGCUGUUUUACUUACUUUUAACAACUUUGUUGAAAUACAGUGUACUAAUGGAUGAGUGGAAAAUAAUAACUUGUUUAGAUAUGAACUUUUAACUGCAAUGUGCCUAACACGGUCUCAGGGAUAAACACAAAAUACAAACAACCACUUUUGUUUCUUACUUUUAUAUGAAAUGAGUCUUUUCCAGUGCAACACACAAUCACAGUUUGUGGCGUUAAUUUUGAUACUUUUCUACCCCCGUUUCUUCUGUUGAUUAAACCAUUGCUUGACCUUUGCAGAUUCAGCAUUGAUUAUUUACAAUGAAGCGUUGGUAUACAUAAAAAUGGUCUAAGAUGACUUUUUUGUUUGUUUGUUGCUUAAAAAAAGCUGGUCCGUUUGCCUUAUUUGUAUCUCCUGACGUGUCCAGGACAAGUGUUACCUAUGAUGCUCAGAUGUAUUACAGAUAUUUUAUUAAAGCAUAAAAAAAACUUUAUUAUGAAAUACAAUUUUGUCAGUGGCAACAGAAAAUAAAAAUAUGAAUCUUAGCAAAGUGGCGUUGCCAUAACUGACUAUCUCAGGGUGCCUAUAAGCAGCAACCUUGUCUUUUAGAAAUUGCCACUGCAUGCCAGUUUGAAUACUGCUGUUAGUAGACUUGCAUGUAGUACAGUAUGUAUACUACUCCUUAUUUAUGUAGUGCCUGACAAUCAGCACAGUACGACUGUCUUUAAUCAAACAAUUGUGCAGUGGAAACGAUUUGUGAUUGACGUGUUAGUCAUGAUUGCAUGUUUUCAUUUUUCAAGCUGUCUUUUCACAGAAUAGUGAAGUUAUAAAGGCAGCACUUUAGAUCUGCCGUUUCCAAAGCUGUGGACGUGGCACAAAUUUUGUUUUCCUGUAAUUUGCCGCUUGACUUUUUUAUUUAGCUUAUCUUUUACAUGUUUCUAUGAUCUAAUGAAGAACAAUUUGGGGCGUUUCAUAAUUUUCAAAGACUUUUAUUGGCAAAUAAAUCAGAUUUAUGUAAACAGUGCCUGUUUGCAGUGUUGACCCUUCUUCAUAACAGCUCCCUCUGGCAUGCUGAAUAUCAGUUUCUGAGUUCAUGAGUAUGCUUCUGAUCACUCUGCGAAACAGUAUACAAUCACUGUGAACUGCCAAAAUUGAAGCAGUAAAUUGUAUGAAGUACAAAAUCUGUGCCACUGCCAACAACAACAAUCACAUGAUGCCUAACCACAGGUUCAAAGGGAACAAUACAGAGAUAUUUCCCACUGACUAUUGUUGUGUGGAAAGAUGUAACAGGAGUAGUAGUGUGGCCUUGUUAUUUAGACAGAGCAUCAUUACAGCAGAGCUAUAAGUGCAACUCACUCGGUAAUGAGUGUGGGUGUGGAAGUAUACAAUGUGAGGUAUAGCGACGUUUAUUUACCACUAAUUACCAGCAGUAAAUCAGUCACACAGUUCUUCCCGAACAUGGUGAAAUGCUUGGAAGUAUAGUCACAAAAUGUCCUUACAACACUAUCAUGAACUCCCAGAACCUCAAACUUCACAAGCUAUGGAAAGCUGACUGGUAACCACACUUUUUUUCCCCCUCAUCUUCAACCUAACCACAUAUUGCACAUUGGAUUCAAACCCAUACCUUCGGUGACUACCUCCCUACUGCUUGUCAAAGUGAUGUCACCGAACAUAAUGCAACACCAUUGGUUAUUUCUCAAGUUGCCUCACAACAAGAGGGUGCUGGGUUUUCUGCAGGACCUCUGUUUCUACACUGGGACACUAUCUUGCAACAUAAAACUCUAAAUCUAAAGUGUUUCACAUAUUGGUGAAAUAAAGGUUAAAAAACAGAUUGGUGUAAAUGAAUUAACAUUGUGACAAAGUGUUGUAUUCUAUGAAGUUGAACAUGAUUGACUGUAGAGAAGCAGAUAUUGCUUUAAAAUAUAUUACAGCUUAUAAUCAUUGUGGUUUUACUAUUGACGUUUAUAUAUGCACUUGUUAUGACCUAACUGAACAAUGUGAAUUUAUUGUACUGUUGAACUUCUUGCUUCUGAUGUAACAUCAAACGAGAGACCGAAGUUGUUUUUUUUGGUUUUUGGUUUUUUAGAUUGAUUGCUUUCUUCCUUUGUCAUAUGUACUCAUUACUAUCUUUAACAUGUAUCUAUUACUGUAAUAUAUUAUUCUGGGGCUACAUCAUGGCUAAAGCACAUCUGCAAUCAUUUCAGGUUCCACUCAGUUCUUGCCUUUAUUUAUUCAGCCAAGGUUUACAGAAUAUUGCAGUGGUCCAGAAAAAUGAUUUUUUUUUAAAUUAUUUUUUUUGUUGCAUAUUACAUAUUUUAUUAAUUUGGUGUUGGUUGAGCUUGAGCAUUUGUAACUACUGGCUGGUGGUGUGUAUAUACUCUGUUGUACGGGGGUUUUAUUAUGCGUUACAGUUAUUUUAUACUCUUUACUGUGAGGAUGCAUUUAGAGAGAAUCAGUUUCAAUAUAAAGCGAUAACAGCUUCUCAGCAUUAAGGAAAUUAUUUUUUUAUAAUUUGACGCAUUUAAAAAUAAACUAUUUUUAGUUACAUGGAUUUAAUUACAUUAAUGUCACUGAAUGUGCUUCGUUUGUAUGCCUCAUUAAACUAACGGUGCUAAGGGAACUAUUUUGGCUAAUUAGUUUGUCACAACUAAAUUUUUGGGAAAUUUGAUUGAAAUUGUAAUGCAAGUUACAAAUAAAAAUAUAUUGACCCAGUUCACCGUCCAUGUGACAUAACAAUAUAUAUGGGUAGUUCUGUUAUUUUCAUAUUCAUUAUUUGUCACUGGUUGUAUAAAUAUGUACAAAGGUGGUCUCAUCUCCAAACCUGUAUUUAAAAGUUUGUACAGUGUUGGAAAGACUGCGAAACAUAAUUUGAAAGUAUGUUUUUGAAAUGCUUUGUUGGGUUUAGGUUAAAAAAUAAAAUGAUUCAAAUAUUUUAA